CACUUAUGUCCAGAGCUGAACCCUCAUUGUGUUCACUGUCAUUCGUCUACAACAGAGCACUGACGUAAAUGGCAUCACCUUCCGGUGUUUUAGCAGAAGAGCAGGUGCACUGUUCCAUCUGUCUGGAUGUGUUUACCAACCCGGUGUCCAUCCCCUGCGGACACAACUUCUGUAUGGCAUGCAUCGGCAGCUACUGGAAAUCCAGUGCUCUCUUUAUGUGCCCGAUGUGCAAAAAGACCUUCUUCAGACAGCCCGAGAUCAGCAUAAACACAGUGCUGAGAGAAAUCGCUGAAAAGUUCAAAGAGAUGAGAGCCAACCCAGUCAACAACCUUCGGAGAACCAUGCAGCCAGAACCCGGACGAACUACCGAAGAGCUGCCCGAGCUAAUUCCUCCUGACGGGCUGUGGACACAGGGGGUGCCCUGUGACGUGUGCUCUGGCCCUCCACAACGGGCGGCAAAGUCGUGCCUGGUUUGUUUGACGUCUUACUGCGCAGAGCAUCUGAAGAGCCACGCCGCUCGCUUCACCAAACACAAACUGAUCGAGCCGGUGCGGAACCUGGAGGAGCGCAUGUGCACUAAACACGAGAGGCUGCUGGAGCUGUUCUGUAAGAAAGAUCAGACCAUUGUGUGUGUGCUGUGCACCGAGAUGGACCACAGGGCUCAUUACACUGUGCCGGUCGAACGAGAGUGGAGCGAGAAGAAGGCUCUGCUGCGUAAAACUGAAGCUGAAGUUCAGCAGAUGAUCCAGGAGCGUAUGAAGAAAGUCGAGGAUUUCAAACACUCAGUAGAGCUCAACAAAGCCAGCGGUCAGAAAGAGAUGGAGGACAGCAUGCAGGUGUUCUCAGAUCUGAUCCGAGCGCUUCAGAAAGCCCAGGCUGAGUUGGUGUUGGACAUCGAGGAGAAACAGAGGAAGACGGAGAUCUGGGCCAACGCUCAAAUUGAAGAACUGAAGAGCGAAAUCGAUGUGUUAAAGAUGAGAAACACAGAGUUGGAGUAUCUGGCGCACACUGAAGACCACAUCCAUUUUCUACAGAACUUUUCAUCAUUAAUGUCUCAUCCACACACUAAGGACUGGUCUGAGAUCUGUGUUCCUGCAGAUCAGUGUGUGGGUACCACAAGAAGAGCUGUGCUCAAACUGGACCAGACGUUUACUGAAGAAACGGACAAACUUGUUGAAAUAGAGCUGAGGAAGAUUCAAAAGUAUGCAGUCGAUGUAACCUUUGACCCGGACACGGCUAAUCCCUGGCUGCAGCUGUCGGAGGAUGGGCGCCAGCUGCGUCACCUGGGGGCGUGGCAAGACCUGCCCGACACACCCGAUCGCUUUGAUACAGUGGUCAUCGCUCUCGGCCGCCAGGGCUUCUCCUCAGGCCGCAGAUACUGGGAGGUCCAGGUGGGCGAGAAGGACGACUGGUAUCUGGGUGUGGCCCGGGCGUCCGUCAACAGAAAGGGCAGGAUUUCAGUGAGCACACUUCACGGUUACUGGGCUCUAGCCAUGAAGAAAGGGCAGGAAUACCGAGUGUCCUCCUCACCGCCCGUUCUGCUCUCCAUCGAGCCCAAGCUGAGAAAAGUGGGCGUGUACGUGGAUUAUGAGGAAGGACAGGUGUCGUUCUAUGACGUAGGGGCCAGAAGUCACAUCUACACCUUUAUGGACUCGUUCAAAGAGAAACUCCUCCCAUUCUGUUAUCUCUACUGCUGCGAUAAAGCCUCUGACACCAUGACCAUCUGUCCUGUACAAGAGAAGUCGCAUGUCAAACAGUGCUGAUCGACAGGAUCGACUGAAAAAGUAAUGAAUUACUAGUUACUAAUUAUACAUUAAUAGUGUCAAUAGAUUACUGUACACAUGACUCUCUCCAAAAAGUAUUUUUUUACUUAAUACUAAUUACUUUCUAUAUCCUAUAUCAACCUUGAUUAGUUCAGUGAUUCAAGGAUAGACACGAAACAACUCUAAAUUAAUAAAAAUAAAUAAUUUAAAACUAAAUAAAGUACUCUUAUUAACUGACUAAAUCAGGGGUCUUAAACGUUUUUAAUAUGACUCAGGCCAUGGGUGCUUAAGCUCCCUGAAAACUAUUUUAUUUGUUUCCAGCUAGUGUUGCUUUCAUCAACAAAGUAUGGCUAAUGUCGUCGUCAACGAAUGAGACGAGACGCAGCGUAAAUGCUGGUCAUAUGACGAUAACUAUAAUUAAAUGUUUAAUGCAAUAUUGUUGACAAAUAAAAACAGAACUAAAUGUGGUUUACAAAAUAAAAACUCUGCCAAAGUGUCUCUUCAUAUUCGUUGACCAAAUCGAGAUGAGACGAAAUGUUAUAACGUUAUUACGUCUGAUGCUUUAACCUAGAUGCGAAGCGGAAUCCUGUUAUUUAAAUGUAAUCUGGUUGAGUGUUGGUUGAGGAUUCAUCCGCGUGUACACUGUAUGAGGAUAUGAACACAUGAACUUCGUCUCAAGAGUUGCUCUGAGAGUUUAUUUUAUGAGCGUUUAAUGUUUGAGUGAAGCUCUCAGCAAACACAAAAACUCUUCCAAAAGACGCGUGAAAAUAAAAGUUCUGUUAAAUUGUACACUCAGACAAAAAUACUUUAGUGUAUAGUAUUUGCUAUUAAAAAUUGUAGUGCCCCUGUAGUGCAUUGAUAAAUACUGUAUACCAUAGUUAAGUUCAAAAACACAAUCGUAUCUAAGAAUUUUACUGCAGUUUACUAUAAUAAACUGUCAUGAUUCCGCCUCAUCAUGUCAUGUCUUUCUUGGUCUUUUGGCAGAAUCAUGGCAGGGCCUCAUGUUUUGUGUGGAGAGAAACAUAUUCUUGUUUAUAGUUUGUUACAUACCUGUUUGCUCCCCAUCGUGGGUUUUUGUUUCAUCAAAAGUUUAUUCGUUAUUUGCACUACCGCCUGCGUCUGUGUUCUCCUCCUGCCGAUCCUGACAGUAAAUACUAUAGUCUACUACAGUAAUUUAUGUGGACGAAUAUAUCACUAUUGUGUAGUAAAAAUGGAAAAACAAACAAAUUAGAAAAUGUAAACAAAUUAAGAUAGUGUAAAAUUGAUAUGGCCCUAAACCUAAUACGUUUUUUCCUUUGUACACUACAUAUCUGUAGAUAAAGGGGAACACUAUGCAAAGUUUGGGGAAUAAAGGCGUAUGAGUGAGGAAAACUGCAUGCCAUAUAAACAUCCGAAUCAAACCGCUCUUUAUAUACUUUAUUAUAGUCUCAAAAGAUCAACAUUGAUUUUGCACAUUUUAAACAUAAGAGUUCACCAAUAUAACUCUAAUAAUUUAAAGAAAUCACUAUUUGUGAACAACAAUCCUAAAAUCAAUGCAAUCAAAAUUAUUUGUAAACUCAAAUCUCAAAAGUGAAAUUUUCAGUUCACAGACAACCUUUCAUUCGUGCUGUUUUGUUCGCUCAGAAGCUGAACACAUCAUUUCACCUUAUUUCAUGUUUGCUAUACUAAUAAAAAAAGAACCCUGUACUAAAUUCAUUCAUAUUCACAGUAGCUUAUUUAUGGGCACAUUGUGAUUACAAAAAUGAAGUAGUGUAUGUUCAUGCAAAGAUUGUUGUAUAGCAGACUGCAGGUUAUAAAAAAUUGACCCCUUAAUCUUAAAAUAAUUACAGUAUAAAUAUUUGAUUGAAUUUCCUGAAUUCUUUAUUCCCCAAACUUUGUAUAUUGUUUCCCUUUACCAACAGAUAUGUAGUGUAGAUAUGUUUGCGUUUUUUAAGUUUAUUCAAUAACGAUCUUGUGACAUUAGGAUAACCUCCAGUACACACAACACAUGAAAGUGUUACUCGAAUAUGACACGUGCAAAUGUCUUCACCUGCUGGUCAGAUCACGAACAGCUUCUGGAGAAAAGCGCUUCCGAUGUUUACAUCCUCUGAAGUCAUCUUAUGUUGUUCAUCCAUUAUCUACCAUAUUAUAAUCAUUAUUAACAAUACUCAAAAAAGUUUAACACAAUAACACAAUUAACUCCCAAUAUUGUUUUUGACAUGUCUCAACAUUACUGAUGAAGAUGUUUUUCAAGGUUUGUUCACACUUGUUCAGGGAAGCAAUAUAAACAAGAAAAUUGCUUCUUUUGGUAAAAGUCGAUUGAUGAACUUUAAAAUAAGAAACUAUUUCAAUGUCAAUUCUAUUACCAGAAUGUACGUGAAUAUUUACAAAUUCGAUUUGAUAUGAACGAGAAACAUUUUCAUUUUCCUCUGUGUUAUGAAAUCUGUGAUUAAGAUUUUUCUAAUAAAUGAUUUGAUUGAUGUGCUUUUAGCAUGAUAAACACUUACUGUAUAUAAAAUGUGAAUGUAUAAAUGGUUUCUUUGCAUAUAUA